GAUGUGCACUAGCUGUGUCAAUAAUGUUUCACAUUGAUGCAGGUUAUUGCUUAAGCUGGUAAUUUUCUCUUUUACACGUAAAAUAUGCCCACAGUGUAUAGUCACUUCCUUUCGCUGCUGUAUAAAUAUGUCUGUGAGCUUUUUUAGUUUCCAUUACUGUGUGGACCAAAACAGAACAACAUGGCCUUUGAAGCAUUGCAUCUACUAAUGCUGGUAAUGUUAUGUGCUCUUAUAACCGGUGCUCCGUCUUCAAAUUUGUGCCCUAAUGAGAACUUCAGAAUUCGAAUGGGGGAUUUUACUUUAUCAGAUGGUUAUUCUGAAGGGAGUGUUCUGAGAUACAGUUGUCCAGAAGGCUAUUACUCUACUCUUAAGACCCGUCAUUGUAAAAAUGGAAGUUGGAAACCAAAGCCCAAAAUAAGACCAGCGUGCAAGAAGAUCACAUGCCCUGAUCCUCGUCGUUUUGAAAAUGGAGAGGUGUAUCCGUAUCAGCAGAGGUAUUUUGUGAACAGCAUAACCAACUACAUGUGUCAUUCUGGCUAUACAUUCAGCGGCUCAGCGUCCCGCGUCUGCCAGCCGAACGGGAAGUGGAGUGGGGGCACGCCAAUCUGUGGAAGAAACUCUGAACACUGUCCUGAUCCUGGCACUCCCCCUGGCACUGUGAGAACAGGUAAUACGUUUAAUAUUGACGACAAAGUCAAGUACCACUGUGAAAACAAUUGGGCCCUGAUUGGUUCCAGACAGCGAGUCUGUCAGGACAACGGCCAAUGGUCAGGAACAGAACCCCAAUGUUACGCUGAUUUCACAUAUGACACACCAGAGGAGGCAUCAGAGAGUUUCAGCACUUCUCUUAAGGCAAAUCUAGAGCUUGCUCAACAACAUGAGCAAACAGAUCAGUACGGGAAAAAAAUACAAUUACAUCAGGGUGGAAAACUUGAUAUCUAUAUUGCUCUCGAUGUAUCUGACAGCAUAGACGAAGUGGACUUUGAAAAGUCAAAAGAUGUCAUAAGUAAACUCAUUGAAAAGAUCAGUUAUUAUGAGGUCUCCCCGAACUACGAGAUCUUGGUUUUUGCCACAAACGUUACAAGGCUAGUCUCUAUGACAAACUUUAAGAAGGGACAAUCAAAUAACCUAUCAGACGUUCUUAAAAGAUUAAAGCAUUUUAAAUAUAACAGUAAAGGUAUGGGAACAGGGACAAAUAUUUUCAAAGCUUACUCAAGCAUUUUUGAGAGUAUGUUAAUAGAGAAGGAAAAAGAUAAAGAAGGCUUUCUUCAGACUCAGCAUAUUGUCAUCAUGUUCACUGACGGUCAAGCCAACAUGGGAGGAAGUCCCAAACCAAAGGUGGAACAAAUAAAAGCUCUUGUGUUAAAUAGAGAUCCUUUACGGGAGGAAAAACUUGAUCUUUAUGUGUUUGGAAUGGGAGCUGAAGUCAACGCUGAGGAUAUAAAUUCUUUAAAGACUGACAGAGCAAAUGAAAAGUUUUUUUUUAAACUCAGGGAUCUGAAAGAUCUGAAGCAGACAUUUGACAACAUGAUUGAUGAAGGCAGCAGUGUAAAACUAUGUGGACUUUACAGAGAUUACGAAGAUGGCACGGCAUCCCAUGACCGCCGUCAAUACCCCUGGUUGGCAAAGAUCAGUGUAACUCGUAAGGAUGGCACCACUUCAAAAUGUUUAGGGUCAUUAGUCACAUCAACAUUUAUCUUGACCGCUGCUCACUGCUUCAAGUUUGGUGAUACACCUGAUAGGAUAACUGUUGACAUGGACUCUAAAGGAAUAAAAGCUAAACAAUUCAUAUCUCAUCCUGAUUACAAUGUCACAGCAAAACGUCACCUGGGGAUACCAGAAUUUUAUGAAUUUGAUAUAGCUCUUAUUCAACUGAAGGAGCCUGUGAUCAUGGAUCUUAAUGUUCGACCAAUCUGUAUCCCAUGCACCAAAGAAACCAGUGGAAGUCUCAAACUUUCAGAUCGUGAGGGGACAUGUAAAAAACACAAGGAGAUCCUAAUGAAUGCAGAUAUCGUGAAUGCUGCUUUCAAGUCAGAUUUUGGGGGCAAGAUUGAAAAUAAGGAAAUCAAAAUCAAGCAAGGAAAUUUGCGGGAUGCUUGUGUUGAAGAUGCAAAAAAAGCUCAAGGAAUGACUGCGACAAAUGCUAAGGAUAUUGUUUCAGAUAACUUUCUGUGUAGCGGCGGUACUGAACCCAACACAGAUCACAUUGCCUGCAAAGGUGAUUCUGGAGGGGCCACUUAUGUAGUUCCUGGUAAUCGAAUGGUGCAGGUCGGAAUCGUGAGCUGGGGAGUGAAGGACAUGUGCAAAGCCAGCUUCAAGCCUCGUUCUGUUGAAGAUUCCAGAGAUUACCAUACAAAUCUAUUCAGUCCAGAAAUACAUAAAUUUCUCAAAAAAUAUCUGGGAAAUGAAAGACUGGGAACCCCUCUUACAUUCUUGUGAACAUUUAACAACAGUUGCUUAUUAAUAUUUUGUUCCUUUUGCAUAAAUGAAGAUUUUUUUUACUUUUAGUGUCUUUGUGGUUUGUGUUUAUGUACAUUCCUGUGGAAUAAUAAAAGACAAUAAAAUAUGAAUGCAUAUAAUAA